AUUUUGUUGGCGCUUCAGUUGCAUUUGGACAGCCAGAGUUUUCAGAACAUUUGUCGGUUCGGUUGAACGUUCCAUUCUUUUAACAACAACUCCAAGAUUCGUCAUAAUUAUAACAAAAUUCAAACAGCCAUGAGUAACAAACCAACUUUGUACUACGCAUUGUUUAGUCCACCGUCACGAGCCUGCAUGAUAACAGCCAAACUGAUUGGCCUGGAUUUGGAUUUGAAGUUGGUUGAUUUCUCAAAAAAACAACAAUUGAGCGAGGAAUUUUUAAAGUUAAAUCCUCAACAUCAGAUACCGGUUUUUGUGGAUUCGGAUGGUGAGGUCUAUAUUGACAGUCACGCCAUUAUGUGUUUUAUGGUUGGCAAAUAUGCCAAGAAUGAUAAACUCUAUCCCAAAGACCUGAAGACACGGGCCCAUGUUGAUCAUCUGCUUCAUUUUGAGAAUGGCAUUCUAUUCCAAGUAGUUAUAGAUAUUGCGGCCCGCAACUUUUAUGGUGGCGAAGGCGAAUUCAAUCCAAAGACCCUUAAACUUUGUGAAAAUGCCUAUAGUUUCUUGGAAGCCUUUCUCCAAAAGGGAAAAUAUGUGGUUGGUAAUGAAAUGACAGUAGCCGAUGUUUCGAUUAAUACCACACUGGUGACCUUGAAUUUGUUGCUGCCGGUCAGCGCUGAAAAAUAUCCUUUGACUGUGGCCUGGAUGGAGCGUAUGAAAACGUUGCCCGUUUAUGACGAAGUAAACAUAAAGGGUGCUGAGAUUUUGAGUACACGCGUCAAGGGAGCCAUGAGCGCCGCCCGUGAAACUGCCGCUGCUGCUGGAAAAUGAAAAGAGGAAGACAAUUUGAGACCAUCUUCUUGAUGUAUAUGUGUGUUUCAUGUAGGUUUAAUUUAAAAUGAAAACUAAAUGUACUUACAUUUGUUGAAAUUACUUAUAACGAUGUUCCUAGAAUAAAAAUAUUAAAAUAAAUAAAAGACAGUAA